AGUUUGUCAAUCAAAUUUUGGAUAACACACGGAACACACGACGUUUUAAAGGGGGAUAAACAACAAAAAUGUUGCUCAAAGUGCUGCUGCUCACACUCACAGUCUGGUUAUCAUUUCUUUGUGCUGGAAGCAUGGCUAAACCUCAUUUGUUAGCCACAACGCCUUUGGGCUAUGCAACAGCCGGUGGCACCUGGCUAACAGCUGCAACAGCGCCGGUGGCAACUCUGGGAGCUGCCACUGCCGCUGCCUAUUAUCCGGCCUAUGCGGCGUAUACGUAUACACCGGUCUAUUAUGGCUCAUACGCCACGUAUCCCUACUACACAUAUCUAAGACGCUGAGUUGAAUUCGCCUGUUGCUGACAUUACUAACAAUUUCUAACAUAUUGUGUCUAAAUUGAUUAAAUUUAAACGCGCUUCGUGUGAAAAUCUCAUAUUUUAUGGCUGAUAAGAUUUGUAGACUCGUCUGUAAAUAAAAAAAAACACUUUUAUGAAAUCAACAGAACAAAACACACGCAUAUCGAAUUAUAAACAAAUCAAUAAAAAAA